CCAGGUGCCUUAGAUGAAACGAAUGAAAGUCCAAUAUCCGACUCGUCUCUGUCAAGUGAUCAGCUUGGUCCCAAACAACGGCACCAAAUGAAGCAUAGAGAACUCUUCCUUUCCAGACAAGUAGAAACGCUUCCGGCCACGCACAUACGAGGCAAAUGUUCAGUGACACUAUUCAACGAAACCGAAGCCCUUUCCUCCUAUCUCAACAAAGAUGACAUGUUUUUCUAUUGUUUAGUAUAUGACCCGACGCAAAAAACACUCCUAGCGGACAAAGGUGAAAUCCGCGUUGGUAGCCGGUACCAGUGCGACAUUCAACCUUUUCUUUGCGAAGGAGAGCCGGACCCCAGAGAUCACUCGGAAACCGAAACGCUAGUGUGGACUCCGCAUCAUAAUUUAAGUGAUCGACAAAUAGACCAAGUGUUGGUGGUGUCGCGAUCUGUUGGUACGUUUGCGCGAGCUUUAGACUGCAGUUCGAGCGUUAAACAGCCCUCGUUACACAUGUCCGCCGCUGCAGCCAGCAGAGACAUUACCUUAUUUCACGCCAUGGACACUUUGCAUAGGCACGAGUACGAUUUGGCGAACGCUAUGUGUUCGUUGGUACCUUCCAGCGGUCCGGUGUUGUGUCGAGACGAGAUGGAAGAGUGGAGUGCUUCGGAGGCUAACUUAUUCGAGGAGGCUUUGGAUAAAUAUGGGAAAGACUUCAAUGAUAUCCGGCAAGAUUUUUUGCCUUGGAAAACUUUGAAGAAUAUCAUUGAAUAUUAUUAUAUGUGGAAAACGACUGAUCGAUAUGUCCAACAAAAACGGGUGAAAGCCGUGGAAGCGGAAUCAAAGCUGAAACAGGUGUACAUUCCUAACUAUAAUAAGCCAAAUCCAGCCGCACUUAAUAACAAUAAGGGAAUUUUAAAUGGUAACAGUAACGGUAGUACGGCGGUAGGAGGACCUGGAGGCGAUCCUGCGGUGUCGUUGGGAGGAAAAGCUUGCGAAUCGUGCAAUGUUACUAUUUCAACUCAAUGGUACGCAUGGGGUCCCUCUCACAUGCAAUGCAGGCUGUGUCAGCAAUGUUGGUCGUACUGGAAAAAAUACGGCGGUCUCAAAAUUCCUACGCGUUUUGGCGAAGGAACUGACUUUGAAAGUAGCGGAAAGAAACGCUCGGGUAGUGACGGAGAGGACGAUAAAGGAAUGGGACAUAGACCGCAUCGGUGUAAUAUUGGUGGAUGUGGAAAAGAAUUCAAGCUCAAAGCACACUUAGGCCGGCACUACGCCACCGCGCACGGCAUAGCGGUGCGGGCGGGGUCGCCGCGACCUGUAAUGAAAACGCGCACGGCUUUUUUCCUAUUGACGACGGCGAUGACGCGACUGUCGCGCCGCCUUUGUCGACAAAUCAUGAGGCCGCGACAUGCGGCCCGGUGUCCAUCGUUUGCCAUCAAUAUACAAGUUGUCAAACAGGAGUGUACAACACAGAUGGCUACUAAGUCGCAACAAGAACUGCAGAUGCUUUUGGUGUACCAAAAAAAAAAUCGCGGGAGUGUAACAGCAAUAGCUACAAAGCUCGGUCGUGCUACACCUUCUAUUACGCCAGCGUGGUUGCUUUUAACGGACAAGGCUUUGCUGCCACAACCUGACGUGGUGGCGUUUCCCAAACCUCCCAAAGCACCUGACGGAAGCUUGAUGUACGAGAGGGUGCCCAACAAGCCAGAAGCUGACAAAAUACCAUUGAAUAAUAUGUCGCCUUCGUUGAAACGUAGAGCCUAUGAAGAAAUGAACGGCGUUGACAGCUUCUAUUCCGAUAUGGACUGGGAUGAUGGUAACUCCAUGAACGCUCCAUCGGCCAAACGGAUGGCGAAAGACCCGAUGCCAAUUUCUCGUCAUCCAUCGAUAAAUCCAGUGUUGCCGAGCGGCACUACACCCCUACCCAUACCAAUGUCGGUUCCUCCUUCUGUCGAUCAGUACCAAGCUAUGAUGGCGGCAGCGGCGCAGGCGCAGCUGCCUCCCGGUUUGCUACCUUCUGGUGCGUUGAUGCCUCGUCAGGUGGCGCAAGUCAAUGGUAAACCGAAAAUUGCGCAGAUGACGCGUACCGGGUCCGGACGUAAACAUGUGAUUAGUUGGAUGGACGCUCCGGACGAUUUGUAUUUUAGGGCCACUGAAAAUUGCAAAAAAAUGCGUCGUCAAAUAUCUUCAGGAGAACUAAGACGAGCAGCAAGAAAACCGUGGCGAGUGUUCAAAACCAAAAUGGACGAUCUCCAAGUGGUAGUCCUGGAUUGA